UAAGUAAUUCAAAAUUUGCCCCUCUAGUUGUAUUUGUUACCUCUGACCCCUCAAAGUUCGGGUUAUACGUAUCUACAAGGUUCUCGCUUUGUCGGGUCGGAUACACUCUCUUCGUCCUGGUUCAAGCAUUCCGUCGAGCAGGUUGCAUACGUUCAAACAAAACUAACGUGGAGAAAUUUUUCGAUCCGUCGAAGCCUUCUUUCUGUAAGAUGGAGAAGCUGCUCGAGAAUCAUCAGUUUGCGACGCAUGCCAUUGCCGCAUCUGCUGCCGUCUCGCUAGGAACGGCACUCACUUACCCUCUCGACACCGUCAAAACCAUAACCCAGGUGGGUUCAGGACCGGGUAAGCAAUUGAACCCUUCUCAAGUCGUGAACAGGAUUCUUCAUUUCUCCGGCAAUUCAGGUCUAUAUGGUGGUCUCGGGUGGUUAACCAUCGGAAGAAUUUCUGGUUUGGGUGCUCGCUUCGGGGUCUUUGAGAUUGUAACAGCUUUCUACAAAGAUGGUCGAGAGGAUAACAGUUUGAAUGUCAGCGAGGCCUACCUAGCUGGAAUGGCAGCUGGGGCAGCAGAAACACUGAUGACUUCUCCAUUCGAGCUGCUCAAAGUCCGAGAACAAGUGGCUGCUGCCUCACGAGCUCCAAAUACCGCUGCCGUUGCAGAAACCGCACACACUCCACAAGUGAUUUCGAGAUUGCUGAGAACCUACACUCCAGAUUUGAGGGCAUUGAACCAGACAGUGGGUCUCCUGUCUGUCCUAAACCCUAAACACCCUAACAUGACAGCGGCCUUGCAAGAAUACCCAUGGAUGAUGACUGGAACAGGGAACCCACCGUCGGUCUUGGACGUUAGGAGGCCGUUUGAUGUGGCCUCUUUGGAAGGAUGGAGAGCAUUGUGGAAGAAUCUCCGUUCGGGUAUUGUAAGAGAUUCCCUUUACGGAGGAAUAUUCUUCGCGACAUGGCAGUUUUUACAUCAGGCAAUGCUCGAUUGGAAGGCGGUUGGGAUGAAUCCUCCACCCAGCACCAACGAAGAAGUUGGCCCGUUAUCUCCGGUGGCCACGAGCCUGGCUGCAGGGUUUUCCGGUGCCAUUGCAGCUGUUGCAUCUCAUAGCUUCGACACGGCCAGGACACGAGCUCAGUGUAUAGUUUUGCCAAAGUAUAUUGCCAAGGAGAGGAUGUUUCUGAGAUGGAAAAGACCGGGGAAGAUAUUCGAGAGAUGGACAGGAAUUCACCCGACGGACAGGAAUCUCUUGUCGCGGGGAAUGUGGUUAAGAUCGGCUCGUUCCGCUGUUGCAUCGUCUGUUAUCGUCGGGAGUUAUUUCAUGGCUGUGGAUUUCCUGGUUCCGAGAUGAAACAACCGGCUCGAUCUUAAUCUUUUGUCUACGAUGGGGAAUUCUUUGUUGUCACCCAAACAAUGGAUAUGAUCAAUAGCAGCAAAAGCAUCUCUGAUGUGAGAUUCCAACAGUAGAAACCCUGAUCGUGUAAUCCCUCACAAAAAGUGUGUUCUUCAUUACAACAAUAAGGUAAACAGUGAGCUUUAGUUUAUGCUUCA